CCUCUGUUCUGGUACAGACCAGUCGGUCCGUUGCCACACGAUUGUCGCACCUCUGCUUCCAUUUGCUUUGGCAUUUCUGUCCUUGGCUCUCCCUAUAGCCUUUUACUGCACCAGCUCGUUACCUCACUCACAAGGCUGCUCUGGUGAUUACCUUGCGCUCGUGAUCACGCAGGGCAGACAACACUGACCGGCGUCGUGCGCCCCGGCACCCGGCGCAAUGGCUUACAACAGCUUCCCCAACAGUCCUUCUUACUCGCAGUUUGGAAGCAUGAACCAUGCCAAUCCAACUGAAAAUGGCGCAUCACCUUACACUCCUCCGUACCCUGCACAAUAUGGGCCGGAGCAGGUGAAUAUGCCUCAGCCUCAAGUUCCUCCUACCUCCGCUUCUCCGACAGGUUACUAUCCGAAACCUUCCUACGAGCCAGCUCCAUGGCAGCAACAGCAGCAUCAGCAGCAGCCACCACCUCCUCCUUCAGGGAGGAUCAACGAGGCUGUGAAUUCGGCCUUUCGCCAGGCUGACUCUCCAGCCUAUUUGUCUCCAGAGGUGGUCUCUCAGAUAACUGCGACGGUGAUACAACAGCUGAAAGCGACGGGGUUGGACAAUUUGCAAAAUGAUCAACAGCCGUCACCACCACCGCCGCCGCAAUGGAGUCAUCCAGCUACAGCCGCCAUGUAUGGUGAACCGUCUCAUUCGCCUAGGCCGCAGAAUACCCCUCCACCACCGCCUAAGAUUCCACAGGGUAACCCGGAAUACCAAGCACCUGUGCCGCCUGUGCAUCCCAGCAGCCCUCAUUUAUUCUCCGGACCAUCCGUGGGGCAGCCGGGUGAAAGACGCGGAUCGCCGACAAGCCAGAGUCAGGUCAGCGACCAUCACCAGAGCAUGGAGUCCCGACCAAAGCCGCCAUCGAGGGAAGCUACGGUAACUGAAAUGACAACGUUGGACAAAGUAUGGGGCAAGUUCUUCGAGGACGGGAAGCCUACAGAAAAGCUCAGCAUGCUAUUGCGCGGCAUCGCAGUCCACCUUAUCGAGAAUUACCCGCCAGAGAACACACUCGUCGUAGUUCCUGAGAAGAUGAAACAGUUCUAUGCAGAUACAAGUGUGUCGUCUGAUCCAUACCCUUGGGAAGACAUCUUUGACGACCGUACAUCCCAGAUCUCGAGGUUGCUGCGAAGGCUUGAAGUGGAACAUCAUCUCGUACAACAUAAACUCCAUGAGAGGCCUGAUAUCCCGGGCCUGACUCCUCGUGGUUUUGCUCGCUGGGCUACCUUAAUGAUUCAGGCCCAUCCUGAGAAAGAGUACGAGCGCUUCCAGAAAGCGCUGUUGAACAUGCCCAUCAACAACCCCGACAACAGGAGCGAGAGACUGCCCAAGGAGUUCUCAAGGCGCUUGUUCCCCGAUGCCCCAGACCUUUCGUUGAGGGAAGAGAUCGAUCAGAAAAUCAUGGAAUUUUGCAACGUCGACUUGCCGCCCAUCACCGAGGAUGAGCUGAAAAAGGUUGCCGCACAGCGUCACAAGAAGUCUGCACACAAGGCAUCAGUGAGCUCCGUCGACUCAACCGCUUCAAUGGGAGAGCGUGAGCGUCAACCCUACUAUAGCACAUCAUCUUCUGCCAUUGUCGAUGAUGAGGACAAAGAGGUCCCAUCGCGGCCCAUUGAACGGGAGAGAAAGCCCUACACUGCGCAUCCUGGAGGUGGUAAAGUGUACGAAGAUAAAGCACCCAGCCAUCGCCAUGCGAACUCGAUGUCUGCAGGAUCUGGCUCUAAAGAUAGCCCGAUCGAGAUCGGACCCCGGAUGUCAGAGACGCACCUCCACACCGGGACUUCACGACCCACAACUACGUUCGGACGAUCUCGCAGUCCGUCACGGGGUGCUCAUACAGGCGGCGACUACAGACACUCCGAAAGCGACCUAUUAGGCCAUGGUAGUGGCUCUCGAUACGGAGGGUUGUCGGACAAUGACUACUACUACCCCUCAACCACGUCUGCCCUCCCAGGAGACAUCGACGACAGUCGCAAAUACCACAACCUUAGCCCCGACCAUGGCGAUAGGCGACUAUACGAUGCCCUGCGGAAUCGAGACAGCGAACGAGAAAAGAUCAAGCGCAGCAGCUGGGGCGGCGACGAGGAUUACUAUCGCGCGGCCACCGGCUACGACUAUAAACCGUAUGGGUAUAGGUGAUAUUGAUAUGCUGACCGUGUUUGACCAUUAAUAUUUAUCGUUCUGGCGCGCUUUUUGUAAGAAAAGAGAUAUCCGUUUAUGAGUUAUGACUUAUGAUAGCGUUCAUUAUUACUCUU